UGCAACUGCUUGAAUAAUUAAAUGAAUGGAAAGAACAGGAACGAGCAGGUAUCAAACAAUAGACGACCGGUGCUAUGCCAAAAAGAAUAAUUGAGAUGCUUUUUUCAUUAAAGAGCGCAACAUAACUUCCCCAAGAAAGAUCGCUGAAUAACCCGCAAUCUGAGACGGAAGAAGUUACAAAGAAUUUAAAAAAGGACCUAUUCGCAUAAAGUAUGUUUUUAAUGACGUUUAGCUGAUGAAGAAAGUCUGGCAAACCAAAACUGAUACCACGGUAUGAUUACGUCACUCAAAGACGACAGGAGAAUGAAUCUCAGCAGGUAACGACGUUUCACUUAUCCACCCCCGCGAGCCGACAUUGCUUUGAAAUUCAGCGCAAAUAUUGUCAUAUCUAUUAUUUCUUGGUAAUUUCCAUGUUGGCUUUCUGUACAUUGAUGCGUUUUUUGAAAAGAUAGGCGUUUAAGAGAUGAAAAUUCUUCGAGGUUUCUGUGCGUUCAUCGUUUUAACAUUGACGCUGAUCAGUGCUGGAAGAAAGCCCAAACCACACGGCCGUUUCAAUGGAGCAAGACACCGUGCGAUUGUCCAUGGAAAAGAAAGAAAAAACUCAAUACCAGGAAUACCGUCAGGAAUACCAGGUGUUUCAAUUCCGCACGCCGGUGGAAAUGAAUCUGCUAUUCCUGUAAUAACCGGAAACAAUUCAGUUGUUCACGCUGCUACAGUUGGAGCCUACGCAGGAGCCCAGGCAGGAGCCAGCAGCGGGGCCCAGGAAGGAGCAAAGACGGGAGCUAAGGCUGGAGCCGAAGCCGGGGCAAAAGCUGGACUGGAGGCGGGGAUGAAAGCUGGUGAAGAGGCUGGUAAACGAAUAGCCCACAUGAUAGCGCUGGAAACUGUUCAAAAAAUAUUAAUGGCACAAGUACAGAGUGGUGGCACUUUUAACAUUUUCGGUCAGCAUCCUCCCACCGAGAAGCCGACGCAAGGAGCAGGAGGCGGGGGUGGUGGAGGAGGCGGUGGCGGAGGAGGAGGAGGUACUGCCGCGACUGGUGGUACUGCUGGAACAGCUGGAACGGCUGGUACUGCUGGUACAGCUGGCACGGCAGGAACCACUGGUGGAGGCGCUGGUGGUGGUGGAGGAGGAGGAGGGGGAGGAGCCGGUGGAGCUGAGGCAGGUGGAGGAGCUGAGGCAGGUGGUGGAGCCGAAGCCGGUGGUGGAGCCGCAGCCGGUGGUGGAGCCGCAGCAGGAGCCGGUGCGGAGGCAGAAGCAGAAGCGGGAGUAACGGUUGGUCUACCUAUUGUGGGUGGUGUUGUGGGUGGAGGGGGUGGAGCUGCUGCUGCCGCUGCCGCUGCCGGGGCGGGUGCUGGAGCAGGUGCUGGUGCAGGAGGUGGAGCGGGAGCUGGUGCCGGUGCCGGUGCCGGAGCCGGAGCUGGAGCCGGAGCUGCAGCAGGUGCAGCAAGUAUAGCAGGAGCAGGAGCAUCAGCCGGUGGAGCUGCUGGAGCAAUAGCCGCUAUAUCUGCAGCUGCUAUGGCUACAGCUAGUGCUACUGCAGCGACGGAGGUUACCAGCAGUGGAGCAGCAAAAUCCUUCAGGCAGGGCGCGAUGUAUCUAAUUUACUCUAUAAACCAUCCCGCCAUACAGAAUUACCAACAGAACGCACUCUUAUACGUCAAGGGUGAAGACCUUAUGAUAGGACCAACUGGCCAAUACUUCAUUGCACAUGUUCCCGGGUUCAGCCGGGAUCGAAACACCAUCUCUUUGGAGUCCUACUGCAAACGAGGCUAUUUCCUGAGGCAAAAGAAAUAUGGUUUUAUGCUUAGAGCAACCCACGCGAGUUUAAACUUUGCUAAGGACGCCACCUUCUACAUUGGUCGUCGUCCGGAUCUUAAAGACACAUUUUCGUUUGGCUUGAUUCAUCAAGGCUGGUAUUUAACGGCUUCAGAUAAAGUUGGAUCUUCGUGGAAAACAGCAGCGGCUUUCGACAAUCACACAAGCGAAUUUGCACUGGAAAGCUCCUUUAUUGCUGUCCCAUACGCAAUGAACGACAAUCCCUACAAAAAUUGUGACACAAUAGGUCCACAAGAACCAGAGCAGCCUGAGAUUCCUCCUGGGCCACCAGGACAACCUCCAAGUAUACCUGGGGAACCGCCACCUCCGACUGUUCCUGGAAAACCUGUAUAUCCCUCCGGACCGCCAGGAAGUAAUCAGGAUAAUUACUUUACAUGGGUCAUGAACGACGCCACUUUUAAAAUGUUUUAUUCAUAACAUGCUUUAACGAAGGGCGUUUGUUUUCUUCAGUCAACCCCAACUUUCCCAUUCUUAAUCUGGCUAAUAGUUUGCCUUACAUGUAGUUAUCCCAUUCCUGUUUUUACGCCAAAAGGCAUUUUAGAAUGUUUAAAAGUCUUAGCCAUCCAAAGAACACAAUGUUUUUUGCCCAUACUGUGGGACAAAAACGUUCGCAUCUUGUUUUUGAAUGUACUAUUCCCUAUUGGGAAAAUCUAUAACAAUAACCUCUCGGGUGCUUUACAACUAUUUCGUGAAAGUGAAUUUAUUAUUAACCUAUAAAGCGGAAGAAAUUUCUUAACCUGUAUGAUAAGGGCUUAAAUAGAACCUCCCAUUAAACAAAAAAAUAUCAC